AUGAACAUAUGUGCUGGACCUCGAUACAUUGGUAGACCAAGGGGCUUCUCUUCUGCUUCGGUCAUUGGUGGCCUGGGUGCCUCCCGAGGCAGCUGUGCUCCUGUGUGCCAGCCAGUGCCAAAACCGUAUGGGGCUGGUGGCUUUUCCAGCGUUAGCCUGAAUCACUUUGGUGGCCCAAGCCGAAGAAUUGCUUGCGGCCAGGGCUAUGGAGGACCUGUCUAUGGUGGCAUUGGUGGUCAAGGGUUAGGCUUUAGUGGUCAGGGGAUAGGACUAGCCGGGCAUGGUGUUGGUAUUGGUGGCCAGUGUAUAGGGGGUCCAGGUAUUGGAGGUCAAGGAAUAGGUAUACCCAGUCACUGUAUCCCAGGUCAAGGGAUUGGCAUUGGAGGUCAAGGUAUAGGUAUACCCGGUCACUGUAUUCCAGGUCAGGGUAUUGGAGGCCAAGGAUUAGGAAUAGGGGGUCCGUGUAUUCCAGGCCAAGGAAUGGGGGGUCCAUGUAUUCCAGGCCAAGGAAUAGGGGGCCAAGGCAUUGGCGUUGGGGGUCAAGUAAUAGGUAUAUCAGGUCAAGGCAUUGGGGGACAAGUUGUAGGGGGACAGAUUAUUGGAGGUCAAGGUGGUCUCAGCUAUGGUGGUCCUGAGUGUGCGGGAGGCUUUGCUGGCAUGGGUGCCAGGAUGGUGAGCAUGGGUGGUGGUUUGCCAUGCAGAGGUGAAGGGAUCCGAGGAGUCAGCAUCGAUGAGCGCCUGUUAAAGCCACUUUCGGUUGGAGUGGACCCAGAGGAGCAAAAAGCACGGACCCACGAGAAGGAAGAGAUGAAGACCUUGAACAACCAAUUUGCUUGCUUCAUUGAUAAGGUUCGCUCCCUAGAGCAGCAGAACAAAGUGCUGGCGACCAAGUGGGAGCUGCUGAACCAGUGUGUCCAACCUUCACGGAAGAACAUGGAGAGCUACUAUGAGAAUUUCAUUGCCACGCUGAAGAAACAGCUGGAAUGUCUCUUGAGUGAGCGAGGGAAACUAGAGCAUGAGCAGAAGAACAUGCAGGAGCUGGUGGAGGAAUACAGGUCAAAAUAUGAAGAUGAAGUAAAUAGACGCACGACAGCGGAGAAUGAGUUUGUGGUGCUCAAAAAGGACGUUGACUGUGUGUUCCUCACCAAAGAAGAACUGGAAUCUAAAGUAGAUGUGAUGGCACAACAGCUUGAAGUCCUGAGAGCAGUCUUUGCAGAGGAGUUAUCUCAGCUGGAGAGCCAAAUCGUAGACACUUCAGUGGUUCUGAAAAUGGACAACACACGAGACCUGGAUAUGGACCUGAUCCUUCAGAAUGUGGAGACUUGGUACCAGAACAUUGCUCAUGCCAGCAAACAAGAAGCUGAAGCCUUUUACCAUAACAAGAUUGCUGAGAUUCAAGACAACCGCACCAAAUUCAACGAAGAACUUAAAAACAACCAGCAUGAGAUUGCAGAGCUCAACAGGGUGGUCCAGCGGCUGCAUACUGAUCUUGACAACGUAAAGAAGCAGGUUGCAAGUCUGCAGUCGGCCAUCUGCGAUGCCGAGCAUCGUGGCGACAUUGCCCUGAAGGAUGCCCGCAACAAGCAUGCUGAACUGCAGAAUGCCUACCAGAAGGCCAAAGACAAACUGGCGUCUGUGCUCCGUGACUACCAGGACCUGCUCAACACCAAGAUAGCUCUGGACAUUGAGAUUGCCACCUAUAAAAUGAUGCUGGAAGGCGAGGAGAGCAGGAUAUGCUCAGGGAACGCGGUCAGUGUUGCUAUGGUCAGUGGCGGCUACCCAGUGGGCGAAUGUGUCCCUGGCAUUGGACCCGGAGUGGCCUAUGGUGCUGCAUAUGGCGGCAUGGGUGAAGGCUUCACCUCCGGAAGCGCAGGAUGUAUCCACACGAUGGGCCCCAGAGUUGCAGCUGGCUCAGUGGGCCGGACAGCAGGAGCUACUUAUAGCGUCGGACAUGCCUCUGGGGGUGCAGGAAACAGUGGAGCUUUUAGCUCCAGAAGUGGUGGUGGUUACACCUCCAACAUAACUGCGAAGCACCUGGUGGGCGCCGGGGGAGGGCGGCACAGCUCAGGCGUUUCUGUGGAUGGGAGCUGCGUCAGCGGCCACCACGGGGGGAUCCACCACGCAGUCGGAGCAGCAGGAGGCAUCGCUGGUUCCCAUGGAAGUGGGGGUUUCAGUACCGUGGUCCAUGGGGCCGGGGUGCACAGCUCUGGAGCUGGAGGGGCUUAUGGCGCCGGAUCUGGGGGAGGAAUCUCAGCAGCUGUGCACAGUGGAUCCCGAGGUGAUGCUAGAAACGUGCACAUGGGCUCAGUCAGCUCUUCUAGCAGAAAAAUUACCUACUGA